UGAACCAUGAAAAAAUCUUUUGAAUUUUUGCUUUCGGCUCGACAAAUUAGUGAACUAGAAAGUUAGCAUUUUUGCCCGUUUCGAGCUAAGUUAAUUGGGGGUUAUACUGAGCCAAAGUAUAUUUUAAGAAAUUACUGCAAGUUGGUGGAUUGUCGUUAUAGCUAUGUUGCAAACCUUUUCUGCUAAUUGGAGUUUUGAAGUGGAAAUUGCAUGUUAAUACUUUAUCCAUCAAAUAGAGAUCUUCUCUGAGUUGCUGGGAUUUUCUCUAAAAAUAUUGUAGCAUAUGUCGAGAUCCUUCAAAGAUGCGCUACUUUUGAGGAAUCCAACACGGCCCCAUGACAUUUUUUUUAGAGUCUGACCAACAUAGGUUUCCGUUAAUCCUCAGAUGCCAGAUUGCAUGAUGGUUGUUUUGUGAAGAUUUAAAAUGUCAAAGUGUAUAGCUUGUUCUUUCCUGUUGAGCAGGCAAUAUUUGACUUUUGGUUUCGCCCAUUAUUUGUUAUAGGCAAUUUAUUGGUUGGUUCUUUGUAUUUUAACAAGCUCUUAUUUCAUAUGUCUACGUUUCAUGUACACCUUCUCGCUAAUACUGAAACAGAGACCAGCAUAAUGGAUCAAAGGCUCCCCGUGGACGCAAUCACAACAGAAACUACAGACUGGACCUGUAAAGUACCGGUAGUAGACAAGUUCCAGCCUCGCAAAAGCAGCAACUCAUCCGUGCAUUUCCAGACAAUACUUGUACAGGAUGAAAGUGAACAACAGGUUUCUAUAAUACUCUACGGCGAUGACAUUCCCAAGUAUGAGAAUUUGUUUGGCCUUUUCGAGACAUAUUUGGUGUCGUGUGCGAAAGUUAGAGAGCCCCGCAGUUACUCAAUACGAGCUGGUACGUACGAAUGGGUGGCUGACAGAUACACAAUCGUCGAGGCAAUUACCAAUAACAACGGAUUGGAGGCACCCCUUCCUGCUCCAACAAAAUUGGAUACAUUGUCUUUCUCAGCUAUCGAACAACAACGUCCAGGUGUCGAAUUUGACUUAUUGGCAGUAGUAGUUAAUUGUAGCGCCAUUCAAUAUACAACUGACCAAAGCAAGCAUUUUCGGGAAGCAAUUGUCAUAGACCAGAGCAAGAAACCUUUCCUAUU